GGGCCUGGCACAGGCCCCAGCAAUGCCUGGGUCUGUGUGCUGGGAGCAGGGGCAGCAGUCAGCGGCUGUGAGUUUUUGACUUUGCUCCUACCCAAAACUGCAGUUGAGCGUUGCAGUGCCUCACUGAGAAGAGAAGCAGUACUCCUAGAGCUCAGCUGAAACCUGGUUUUUGUGCCGUGAUUAAGGCACCUGGUUAUGAUCGUUUUUGCUGCUUUCCAGAGCUGCUGGCUCUCCUGCUGAGUGGCUCUUCCCUCCCCGCGAUGCUUGGCACGGCCAAGGCUGUUUGCUGGGAGACCCGGUUUCUCUUUGGCAGGUUGAACACGACCGUGGCGCCCCUGUUCUUUGCAGACCAGUUCCUGCAGAUCUCCACUUCCUUGCCAUCUCAUUUCAUUACUGGGCUGGGAGAGCAUCUGACAUCGCUCAUCCUUGACACGGCCUGGACCAAAAUCACCCUGUGGAAUCGGGACAUGGCACCCGUGCCCCAGGUCAAUCUCUACGGCUCCCACCCCUUCUACCUGGUGAUGGAGGAUGGAGGCUUGGCCCACGGAGUCUUUCUGCUGAACAGCAAUGCCAUGGAUGUGGUGCUGCAGCCGAGUCCAGCCUUGACUUGGCGAACGACAGGUGGGAUUCUGGAUUUCUAUGUCUUCCUGGGCCCGGGCCCCCAGAGCCUCGUGCGGCCGUACCUGGAUGUUCCAGGAUACCCCUUCAUGCCCCCAUACUGGGGCCUGGGAUUCCACCUCUGCCGCUGGGGCUACUCCUCCACUGCUAUUACCCGGGAGGUUGUGAUCAACAUGACAGCAGCCCGAUUCCCCUUGGACGUGCAGUGGAAUGACUUGGAUUACAUGGAUGCCAAGAGAGAUUUCACCUUCAACAAGAAAACUUUCAAGGACUAUCCGGACAUGGUGCGGGACUUUCACCAGAGCGGCCUGAGAUACAUCAUGAUUGUGGAUCCAGGGAUCAGCAGCUCUGGGCCUCCUGGUACCUACAAACCCUAUGAUGAUGGACUGAAGCGAGGGGUUUUCAUCCAAAAUGCAACUGGACAGCCCCUGAUUGGGAAGGUGUGGCCAGGCCCAACAGCCUUCCCAGACUUCACCAACCCAGAGACACAUGAGUGGUGGUACGACAUGGUGAAAGAGUUCCACGACCAAGUGCCCUUUGAUGGCAUGUGGAUUGACAUGAACGAGCCAUCAAACUUUGUGGAGGGUUCUCAGGACGGCUGUCCAAGCAACAAACUGGAGGACCCACCCUAUGUACCAGGUGUGUUUGGGGGACGCCUUCGAGCAGGAACCAUUUGUGCCUCUAGCCAGCAGUACUUGUCAUCUCACUACAACCUCCACAGUCUGUAUGGGCUAACAGAGGCCAUUGCUUCCCACAAUGCACUGGUGAGAAUCCGGGGAAAGCGCCCCUUCGUGAUCUCGCGAUCCACAUUUGCUGGUCACGGGCGCUAUGCUGGUCACUGGACAGGGGAUGUCUGGAGCAACUGGGAGCAGCUGUAUUACUCCAUACCAGAGGUGCUGCUCUUCAAUCUCUUUGGGGUGCCAUUGGUUGGGGCAGACAUCUGUGGUUUUGUAAGUGACACGACUGAGGAGCUGUGCGUGCGCUGGACCCAGCUGGGUGCCUUCUACCCCUUCAUGAGGAAUCACAAUGAUCACAGCAACCGGCCUCAGGAGCCGUAUGCCUUCAGCCCAGCCGCCCAGAAUGCCAUGAGGAAGGCCCUCUACCUCCGCUAUGCCCUGUUACCAUACCUCUACACCCUCUUCCACAAAGCUCAUUCUGCCGGGGAAACAGUGGCGCGGCCUCUCUUUCUUGAGUUCCCAAAAGACCCCAACACCUGGACUGUGGAGCGCCAACUCAUGUGGGGUGCAGGGCUCCUUGUCACACCAGUGCUUGAGGCAGGAAAGACCAAAGUCAGUGGCUACUUCCCAGCAGGAACCUGGUACAGCUUAGCUGGAGACUCGACCAUCCACAGCAAAGGCCAGUGGAUCCUCUUACCAGCUCCCCUGGACACGAUUAACGUGCAUGUCCGAGCAGGGCACAUCCUGCCUCUGCAGGAGCCUGCGUUCAGUACUGUCGAGUCCCGGAAGAAGGGGAUGACGUUGAUCGUGGCACUGACGACAGACGGGUUUGCCAGGGGUGACCUGUUCUGGGAUGAUGGAGAGAGCUUACAGACCUUCGAGAACGGGGAUUACACACAGAUCCUCUUCCUGGCGACGCAUGGUGCCGUGCUCAGUGAGCUCUUGCGGGCAAACAGCCAGGUGGAUGGGCUGCUACUGAAGGCUGUGACCGUGCUGGGGGUCACCAGCCCUCCCCAGCAAGUCCUGGCCAACGGUGCUCUUGUGGAUGACUUCUCCUACCGCAGCGACACCCAGGUGCUGACUAUCCCCGUGUCGCUGCCAAUGUGGGAGCAGUUUGCGAUCACUUGGUCCUGAGGCUGCCUGCCUGCCUGCCUCUGUAUGCAGCACAUCUCCACUGUAUGCAGCACGGUGGAGUGUUAUGAUAUGGUCGCUCCCUUAGGCUGAAUCUGGCCAUUUCUUUUUAAAAGCAGAACUGGAUCCCUCUUGCCCACAAAGCCUGGCUCUUGUCUUUGUUUCUUGCUAAAAUGAGAUAGAUUUGAAAUGCCUGGGCUCUCUACCAGACGUGCAUCUGAGGGCUUGCAGAACCCCAGGGGAUGGGGAACCCUGAUUACUUCCAAAUAGGAAAAAAAUCCAAGUGCCUGCUGAGACAAUAAACCUGUUAAUGUGUCAAAGUUGUUAACCUGUCAGAGGACUAAAGGGAAUCUCCCAGCUGCGUCUUCAGAACAGAUACAGGUGAGAGGCUGAGCCCCUUUUGCACGCUGGACUACGUGUUUAGCGUCUGAGGCAAGCUCAGAGCGUUGCUGGACAUGGGAGGUGAGCCCUGGGGAAACUGCCAUUUGGGAGCUGUAGAGCCUUCAGCCACCAGUGCUGGUGAGGGCUCGUGCUUCGAUGACCAGGAUGCCCUGGGGCGCUCUGUGAUGCUUCCUUUGCUUGCUGCAUCUCCAGCAAGGGCUAAGGGAACAUCUGCACACGGGUGU